UGGUGUGCUAGCUGUUAUAUCUCUUCUUGAAAACUCAUCACAUAGAUCCUAUUCUCCUUCGUAUUAUUAUCUACGCAGUAACAACUAAAACUGCGAUUGUCAAUGAAUGACUUUUAUUUUAUCCACUGAGUGUGUUUUCAAGGAAAGAUCAUGUGAGGUGAGACAAACCAAGUGAUUGUGUUUUAUUUAUUUAUCAGUGAUCCAAGUACCGCAGAAAGAGCCUAGUCCUAUAAAAAGAGCAUGAUGGACUCUUGCCUUUCUUCAAGGAGAAAGAGAGAAUAUUUGAUCAAAACCAGAUCUUGCAUGGUUUGAAGAUUUACUUGUGUCACCGUGAGUCAGCACCGUGAAUCAGCACCAUUCACCAGCACACCAUGUUUGUCAAACAAACCUUCCAGACUAUUAUCGGGUGUGGUUGGACCUGGCAAAUAAUCUCACACAACUGAUAGAGUCACGAAAACUACGGGACCUGGUUCAUAAGAUGCCGGUUUUGACUCCCCAUCUCCUGAGCAAUCAUCGGGAGCUCAGGCUGGCUCACUUAGCACUGGGGUUCAUCAGCAUGGGAUAUGUAUGGCAGGAAGGACAAUAUGCACGUGCUCUGAUUCUCCCAAAAGCCUUGGCCUGGCCCUACUGGCUGGUAUCUCGUGAGCUUGGACUUCCCCCCAUCUUAAGCUAUGCAGAUUCAGUGUUAGCCAACUGGAAAUUAAGGGACCCCAGAGGUAGGAACAUGGAUUCCAUAUUUUCCUUCCCCGGUGGAGAGAGUUGCAGGGGAUUUGUCAUUGUGUCAUUGUUCGUUGAGAUGACUGCUAGUUCAGGCAUAAUGGGGGCUAUGCUGGUGAUGCAUGCUAUGAAAAACUCUGACCUCAUGGGCAUAAAGGAAGGUCUCGUCAAAGUAACUCAUUCUUUGAAGAAGAUGAAGGAAACUUUCAAACUCAUUCACAAUCAUGUAGUUCCAACUGCAUUUCAUGGAAAAUUGAGAAUUUUUUUCUCAGGGUGGCGAGACAAUCCAAUGCAUCCAAGGGGGCUGUUGUAUGAAGGGGUGAGCAAUGAGCCAAUUUUGUUAUCAGGCGGAAGUGCAGCCCAGAGUUCAGCCAUUCAAUGCUUUGAUGCUCUGCUGUGCAUCCAGCAUGAGGAUGAGACAGGGGCCUUCCUGACACGCAUGAGGGAUUACAUGCCUCCUGCUCACCGUCAGCUGAUAGAAACUCUCUCUGCUCUUCCACCACUGCGAGACUUCAUCUUUUCCUGCUCAAGCUCUGAUCUCUGCCAGGCUUACAAUGCCUGUGUCUCAGCGCUGGUGGAUGUACGAAACUACCACCUCAAUAUAGUGACCAAGUACAUCAUUGUGCCGGGUUACAAGGCCCAAGCCAUGGGCUGCCCGCUCAGUGGCGUGGGAACCACUGGGCUGAACAACGCAGGGACUGGUGGAUCCAGCCUAAUGGUCUUCCUCAAGAGUACCCGUAAUGCGACACAAAAAGCACUGAUCUUAGAGAAGUCAACUGUAUCAAAAGAUACAGAAAUUUAAUUUUGUUUAUAUGAUCAUAUGUAGAUUAUCCAACACCUUUUUACACUACAGUCUUGAGGUUAUUUAUGAAAGGUUUACAUCAAUAAAUAUCCCCAAAAUUGUAGUUAUUAGAAUUCAAGUUCUUACUGGGUCAUGCACACGACUGUAUUGUAGUGCUUGGUGAAUGAUUGACUCGCUGUUUAGUAACUAUGACCCUCGUAGGUGUGGUCCAACACUUUGAACCAGAGAAGAACUAGUUUUCACUCUGGAUUUACAGUUUUUCUUGAUUGGUAAGGCAGGGUUAAUGACACUGGGUUCCUCCUCAUCUUCAUCAUCACCUUCUUAGAACAGUCGAGGUCUUGUUCUACUUUUUUACAGUAACACUUUUUUUUGUAUCUUUUCACCAGGUUUCUUUACUGCAAUGUUUACUGCAUUUCACAGUAUUCACCCUUUCUGAGUAAAAACUGUACCAUAUUAAAUGUCCAAAUUUGUCCACAGUAGUAUAGUAGCUUACUGUGGCUCAUGUCAAAAACAGUUCAUGGGCACAUAAAGACCUGCAUACAAUAAUUAAUUUUUAUUGUAAUAAGAGUUAUUCCAUUAGACACAAUUCAACUCAUGAAAUAUCAAAUGUUGCAUAAUAUUUAACAAUGUAACACAAUAAUUGCCAAUUCAUUGACAUUGAUGUGAAAGGAACCUUUUGUUAUGGAAGCGCAUUGCAUUUAACUACGACAUUGGACUCUCGUAAUCAUGAUAAAAGAUUACAUUACAUUCAUUUUGCUGACACUUUUGUCAAAAGGAACUUACAAUCAUCGACUCAGGUAGCAUUAAGGACCAAAACUGUGAUGGCUUAGUUUUGAACCCCAACCUUUGGUACCAAAGUCAGCUGUGUAACCCGGUAACCUAUACCAGCUGCUAGAUCACCUAAUUACGAGAUCAUGAUAAACUGGAAUAGGCUACUACAUGUCAUAGGAACACUAUUUGGUGAGGAUAUUGUUUCAUUUCAGGACCACUACAGUCAAAAUACAUUCAAUUCAAUUUUAGCAAAUAGUUAUAUUUUGGGUCUGUUCUGAGACCACCCUGCCCUUCCACAUGCCUACUUGGAAAGUCUGAGAUAGGGAGAGCACAUUUCCCUAUCAUUCCAUGAGCCUUCAUGGAAUUUGAGGUAGGGAUAGCAGCAGCCAAAAAAUCCCCAGUGCAGAACAGAGCGGGCAUCAAUGACAACAUAUUACAGUGAUUAAGUCAGACACAUAUAAAAAAGAGGUGCUGGGUUAGAGGCGGGUUGCAAGUGGCAUGCAGCAAGCAAGAAGAGUAGGUUAAAGCAGCUUAAAUAGAGCGCACAAUAUAAGCUUUGCCAAUUGAAUGCGUAGAAGAGGAUCAGCUGAGCAGUCAACUGAUGUGGGCUGGCAUAGUGGCAGUGCUUGACUUCAUGGCCUGCCUUAACUAACGCUAUGCUCAAUUUGUGUGAGCAACUGUAUUAUUGUUUUUAUUGUGGCUAACAUGAAGUCGAAUUUUAAACCCAGACAGUUUGUCUGCUCGCGUGACCUCAGUCUGCGCUGUUUGAAGCAAACAUUAGCUUACCAUCGUAAAUGCAGUCCAGAUGGGGAUUCAAAGAUACAAGAUGAAACACUUUUGGAAUGAAUCACAGCACUCUGUCAAAUUAUCUGCUGGAUAUAGACAGUAUACAUACACAUUACAGAGUCUUAAUUUCAUAGUGGACAUUGUGUUAUGACCAAAAAAGUGGACAGACAUGGCUUACUGGACUGAAAAGUGAAGCCAAUGCGGAAGUGCUCUGAGCCUUCCUUUACAUCUCACUUGAUUUAUUAGCUCAGUAAACAUUUUCCUAAUGAGUCUAUCGUCUCAGUCUUCUUCAAUUUAGCAUGAUGUUCAUUUUGUAAAUUAUUGUCCCAUUUAGAGUGAAAUAGACCAUAAAGUAGGGGAUGCUUUAGGCUUCACAGUGACCUGUCAAUCAGGAUAGAUGUUUAGACUGCAUCUACCGUGGGCAAAACAACACCUGUGAAUGACAAGACCUAAAACAUAUAUGGAAUGAUAUCUUAAACAGGCAGAUCAUGGAACUGACCUCUCGUUUUAAGGAGGACAUGUACGGGUUUAUGAGACGGUGACAAGGCAUUAAUACAGCCCGCCAGCACACACUUUUCCAUCGCUGUGGAAGAUGCAGAACAUAAAGUUUUUGUGCAGCAGCUGAAAUGAAAAGUCACAGCGGACAUCCCAUUUCCAACACUUGUUGAGGUGCUCGAUGCAUGACCCUGUGAAAUAUUCCCCAGAAUGAAUCGUCUCCUACAGGCCCUCGUCAUCAUUCCCAUAUCAAGCUGCACUGUUGAGAGACUCUUUUCAGCUGUCAGUCGGAUAAAAACCGGCAUCAGGGCAUCAAUGAUGACUUACAGACUGAACUCUUUGUUCCUGCUGACCUUUGAACUAAAACUGACAGAAUUAUUGGACUACAAUGAAAUCAUUGCAGUGUUCAACACCAAGCCCUGUUGUCUCCUAUUGUAAUCAUCUAAUGUAAAGUUAGAAUUUCGGACAGUAGCCUAUUGCCUGUUUUAUUUAUUUUUGUUUAUUGUAUAUACCAAGGUUAUGUUGGGUGUACAGUUGGAUUUUAUGCAGAUGUUGCGGUGUUUGCAAUCUGUGUGUGUGAUUCAAGUGUCCUUUUGACGCUACGUUAAGGCAUGCUGGUUCGCACAUUUGGUUUAAAAAGAAUGGUCAGCUCUGUGUGAAAAAGUGGCAGCCGUGCCAAUCUAUGCAAGGCUUAUUAUGUUUGGGACAUCACUUCUAAUGACCUGUAAGGCUUGAAUCAUUAAACUGUGUGCUUUCAUUCAA